CCGCCCCGGCCCGUAUAAAAGCGGGGCGAGACGCGCCGGGCACCGGCUGCCGGCAGACGCGACGCGACGCCACCGCGAUGCCUCUGUCGCAGAGCAGGGCCGGCCGGCAGAUGCCCUGCAGCAGCAAGGUGUGCAGGAACCUCUUUGGGCCUGUGGACCACCACCAGCUCCAAAAUGACUUCCAGGAUCUGCUGAGGCGGCAGCUGGAGGAAGCCCAGCAUCGCUGGAACUUCGACUUUGAGACGGAUACGCCCUUGGAAGGGCGCUUCAAGUGGGAGAGGAUCAUCUUUGCUGACCAGCAGCUGCACAGCCUGUCCAAGGCCACCAGCAGUGAGAGCCAGAGCUGCUCCUCAGCCCCUAAGGUACCCUCCAAGGACCAUCCUGGCCAGGCCUGCUCUGAGACGCCUCGGCAAGACUCUGAGGCUGGCACGGCUGGUUCCCCGCAGCGCUUGAAACGCAAGCAGAGCACCAUCAAGGAUUUCUACAACUCCAAGCGGAGAAUCGUCCCUGACAAGCCCAAGCCGUGACCUCGUGGUACUCAGCUCCAUUUGCAAGUGCCUCUCUGCUGAGGGUGCUGUCAUUGGGGAUCCUUCACAGCUGCUGAUGCUGAGAUGCCCUGGGGGUGUCCAUGGCUCCUUUCUCAGCCCUGUACUAUGUAAGCUGUGUGUGUGAAGCAAUGUAGAGUCUGUAGUUCCCUAUUUAUGAGUAGCCCUGGGUCCUGAGGGACCUUCACUUGUGUGCAAUGUAUAUGGAGUAGCCCAUGCUGAGGCUUGUAGCCCCUCAGAGGGGAUGGAGGAGGACUGAAAAGGGCCUGGCAGGCUGAGACUGUGGCAUCCCACCACCUGAGGAGGUGGAGAAGAGCCUGUGUCCUCUGCCCUGUGCUGGUGGGGCUGAGCACUGUCCUUGCACCAUCCUACUGUCCAGCUGUGGUCCUCCCCCUGCCUGAAGGCUGGUCAUGGAGGAUGCUCUUGUCCCAGCAGCCCAGUGGGGCAGAAACUCCAGAAACCCCCAGGAAAAGGUCCCUGGUCGUAGGGUUGGCUUGUGCGUAUGGCCCCGGUGGCCCAAGCCCUGGGGCAGCCAGGCUCUGAGCACACUGGCUGCUGGCACAGGGCAUCCGAUGGGACGGCCCCGGGGGCAGCGAGUCCUUGUCUGUGCUUGGAAGUGGGGUGACGCAAGGGGGGCCGUUCCCUUCCCCGGUGCUUCUGAGGAAAGGAAAUGCCUGGUCCCUGGACAGCCCUUCCUCCAGGUGACUCACCGAUGCAUCACGUGUUAGAUGGGCUGGGGAGCAGUGACAAACUUGCUGGAGGUCCCUGUGACUCACACCAAGGUCUCCUGGCUCUCACCCCCCUCCCACAGCAGGGAGAAGGGCUGUUUUUAGCUGUGACCAGACCUGGGCUUCCUGAGGCAAGGACAUGUCCCCUUGCGCUGUCCCUUGCCUGCUGGGACCCUGGAGAUGCCUGUGCUCACAGCUCCGGUCCUGAGAUCCAUCAGUGUUUUGGUCAAGCCUGGGGCCACCACUGCCUGGGAAGCUUUGGGAUCCCCUGAACUCCCUGCUGACCCUGUUAAACCCCUUUCUCUCCCUGUUGUUGGCUUGUUUGGUGCUACUUGCCUUCUUGUUCCUGCCUUGUUAAAUACUGACACUGGGCUGGCUGCUCCGGCCCUGCUGGGCUGCUCGAGGAAAGGGGAGCCCUGCCCUCCAGCGGGGAUGACACGGAAAGAAGUUUUAGCUUUGUCCUGGACUUUUUUCCUCCUUUGGAGCUGGGGGGAGAGGAGGACCCUCACCUGGACUCAGCUGGGAAACGAGUGGCUUCUGUUGGCUCCUGGCCUGAGGCCGCUCGGCCGCGGCUGGUUUGCCCUGCGUUGGCGGUGGGUAGCUGCUCGCGAGUGACUCGACGCUGUCAGAUCUCAGCACUUUGGGUUUGUCUCCUGCCCUGCUGGAGUUGGACUCUGGAAACUGGUGCAAGAUGGUCCCAGGCAGAAGAGGGGCCUCCCGCUCCCUGCCAGCUCCCUCUGCCAACCUCCCACCUUGCACCAAGAUGCACUUUGCUGUCAGCAAAGCUGGCGAGCUCCCAGCACUAAAUGUUUAUUUAUAAAGAUGCUGUUAAGUCUAAGGGGGGGGUGGGGGGAAAUAUCUGUUUGUCUAUAAAUGUGGCUCUGAAUAAGCA